UUUUUGUUAACGCAGCCCGCGAAGUUACAUACGGGAGCUGUCGCGAAUUUGUUAUCAAUUGGUAGACGUGUUUCAACAUACGUAAAACAUGACGGAGUAUUGGAAGUCGCAGCCGCGUCGUUUUUGUGAAAUCUGCAAAUGCUGGUUCGGUGACAACAAAGCGAGUAUACAACAUCAUGAGCAGGGCGUAAGACACAAGAAUAAUGUACAGAAGAGAAUUAAAGAGGCUCGUCAGAAAAGUCGUGACCAAGAGGAGCAAAUGAAAACCAAGUCAUACACACUAAGGGAGAUCGAAAAGGCUGCUUUGCAAGCAUACGAAAAGGAUCUUGUGAGUAACCCGGCCAGACGGCACGACUCAGCUGUACGCGAUGCCAUACAAAGGAGGAAACAGGCAGCCGCAUUGGGAGGAAGUGUCAGUACGCAGUGGUCUGCAGCGGCUGCGGCAGCGGCAUACUUCACCAAUCCUCAACCGUCACCUCUGUACUCUGAGGGCGAGACUGUAGUCGGAAGGAACGCCAAAGUUGUUCGAGCGUCGUCGGCUUCUAGUUCUAUUGAUUUAUGUGUGAGCGAAAACUUGGAAAAUAGUCACGAUCGAGUGGAUGAUUCGGGGCAAUGGGUGAAAGGCUUGAGUCCGGAAGGAUACACAUAUUAUUACAACACAUCUACUGGAGAGGCAAUGUGGGAAAAACCUGAGGGAUAUGUGGAGCUAGAAACAGAUGAGACGACUCGUGAAGAGAGUGAGGAGGAGAAGAAACCGGUUGUAAAAGAAGAAACGGACUCUUCCACUGAUGUCGGAAACAGUUUGGACGAGGGCUCUAAUUUAUCAGCAGACUCACAAAUUCGAAAUCCGACUGGGGUGAAGAGGCAGCAACAUGAACGAGUUGAUCCUUAUGGGGCCUGGACGACAGUUAGACUGUGUGAACCGGUUGAUCCCACCGUGCCCGAUAAGACCGAUCAAGACAACAGUAGUGAAGACGAGAACGAUGACGAGGACUUCAGUUUUAAAGAAAAGACGUACCCAUCCGACGACGUCAAACUACCAGUACAUGUCAAACAAGAGGCCGCCCCAGCAUUCAAGAAAAGGAAGGUCAAUGCAAAAAGAGCUCAGUUUAGACGACAAACAGACAAUAAUUAAUUAAAUAUAUAUUUUAUCUCAUACGGUCUAUUAAUUAAAAUACAUGAUUUUGAAUAAGCACCAUCAACCGACCACGUGACAGAGUCCUACAUCACGUGAUUCACUCUCC